AUAUUCAACAACAAAACCUUAUGGAACAGCAUCUACACAUUUUUGUGCCAUAACUGUUUGUAUGUAGAUGUUUUAACAGAAAAAAAGGAGAAUAGAGGCUAUGUGGGACUCACAUUUUUGGGGCUGCAGCCAUUUUUUUUAGUAUACUGAGCAAUAUUUGAUUUCAAAGAAAUCUAAAAGUAUUCAGAUUAUAUAUAUUGAGUUACCUAGCUAGUUAGGCUAGCCUGCAGUGCUGCGGAGGAAGGUCUGUCUGUCUGCAAUGAGUGGCUUAUAUAUAGAGUAUUACAGGUUUCUUAUUUCAUAAUUCUAUUCAACCAAUCAGAAGAGGGGCUAAAUACUUACAAGCUUUUACGUCUGCAUCAUAUAGCCUAUUAAUAAUGUUCUAAAUGUCGAAUCCAUUCACGUGAUACUAUUGGGCCACCUGUGAAAGUAACCCAAUCACUGCAGCAUGUUCCAACUUCCUCGCAAAAUGUUGACAGAGUGGUCUAAACUCUCUGUGCGACAUUUGCUCUCAAGGAGCGAGACGCGCACUGACUUCAGUCGUCUGUAUUACUCCGCCGUUGCAUUGAAGAGCAUGGCAGCUCUAACAUUUGGGCUAACACUUGUUCGACAUGGGGAAACGCAGUACAAUAAAGAAGGCCUGCUACAAGGCCAGGGCAUCGAUUCAGUCUUGUCUGAGAUCGGUCUGCAGCAGGCCGAGGCAGCAGGCUGUUACCUGAAAGAUGUCGAGUUCACCAACGUGUUUGUCAGUGAUAUGCUGCGGGCCCAGCAGACUGCUGAAACAAUAGUGAAACACAACAGUAGUUGUUCUGCUCUCCGAAUGGUGUGUGACCCUUUACUUAAAGAGAAAAGCUUUGGGAUAGCAGAGGGGAGACGGGUGCAGGAGUUGAUAGAGAUGGCCCAGGCAGCCGGUCAGUCGUUUACAGACUUCACCCCUCCGAAGGGGGAGACUCAUGAGCAAGUGAAGGAGCGAGUCAAAGAGUUUCUGGAGAAAAUGCUCCAGCAAAUUGGGGCCGAACACUGGCAUGAAACCUCUGCAUCUGCUCCACCCGAAACAUCUCCUGUGGUGGGACAGGCAGACGAUGGGGUCAGGGGCGUCCCGGUCCACACUUUGGUCGUCACCCAUGGGAUCGUCAUCUACGUGGCAGUGCGCUUCUUUGUGGAGGAGUUACAUUGCUCCUUGCCUUCAGAUUUUGACAGAGCACAUAUGUUCUCCUUAUGUCCUAACACAGGCCUAUGUCGCUUUAUACUAACCAUGACAAAAGAGGACGACAGGUUCAAAUUGUCCGGGAUCCGCUGUGUGUUCCUCCACAGGGGGGACCAUGUUAUACAGAACGGAGCUAGAUGAAUGGAGUUUUUUUUUAAUAAGCUGUAGAAGAUAACUGAGUUUAAGAUUUUAGGUUCUGUAUUUAUUGUUCAUUUGGUGCUCCGUCACCUCACAGUACAGCUUAAUAAAACGUUGGCAUCAGUGGAUGAGCUGUUUCCUAGUUGUUCAAUAUAAGCAUGUUUUGAUAAUGUAAUUAUUAAAUACAAAUUGUAGGUGCUGUUUAUUAUUGUAUAGUUUACCCAGCUGCAGUAUGUGUUAAAAACACACGUCAUAAAAUACGUAAAUGAAUUGAAUUCAGUAAUCCAGUUUAUAAUGAAAUUAAAAAAGUAUGCAUCCCCAUUAUGUAAUACAGUGGCCUUCAACAAAUAGGCUGUUUUAUUUUCAGGGUUUGAAUGCUGUCUCACAAGUCGAGCACCUUCAUUUAAACUCAUGUUGCAGGGCGAUGUCAUCACUUUGUUACUGUCUCGCUGUUCAUUACUGUAAACAUGGGCAGCUGUGUGCUUUAACCCUCCUGUUGUCCUCGGGUCAAAUUUGACCCAUUUUCAAAAGGUUUCUAUGUCAGAAAUUUGGGUUUCUCUCAACCAAAUUGUCAAAAAAAAUAACGUGGAUGGUUCCAUACAA